AUGAGGGAAAAAGACUCAGGAAGAGGUUUCGAGUUCCCAACGAUUAUGGACGGUGUGAAUUGUUCAGAGAAGGGUAUCCCUUCUUGUUGCUUGAAGGCUGAAAGCCAUUCUACUGUUCUUCCUGGGUGGUUCUCAGAAUCUCAGUCUUCUUCUGGUAAGGCUGAGAAGACGGUUUACUUCAACAAUCCUAUAUGGCCUGGAGAAGCACAUUGUUUGAAAGUUGAAAGCAUCCUGUACCAGGCAAAGUCAGACUAUCAAGAGGUUCUUGUUUUUGAGACAUCAAGCUAUGGGAAAGUUCUUGCUCUCGAUGGUAUAAUUCAGCUGACUGAGAAAGAUGAAUUUGCAUAUCAAGAGAUGAUAACUCAUCUUCCGCUUUGUUCAAUCCCAUCUCCCAAAACUGUUCUGGUUGUUGGAGGGGGUGAUGGUGGGGUCCUAAGAGAGAGAUCUCGGCACAGCUCUGUUGAGCACAUUGAUAUAUGUGAAAUAGAUAGGAUGGUUAUAGAAGUUUCUAAGAAGUUCUUUCCAGCAUUAGCUGCUGGAUUCGAGGACAGUCGUGUUUUUCUUCAUGUCGGUAAGACGAAACAAUCUGGAUUUGAUGAUGUUUAUCAUAUUCUCCAGCUGAUAGUUUUUUCGUGCAUGAUCUUAACAGCGGUUGAGUUUCUCCGUCAUGUGCCGGAAGGGAAGUACGAUGCGAUCAUUGUCGAUUCGUCGGAUCCUGUAGGUCCUGCUCAAGAGCUUGUGAAAAAACCAUUCUUUGAGACCAUAGCAAGAGCUUUAAGGCCUGGUGGUGUCCUAUGUAACAUGGCGGAGAGUAUGUGGCUUCAUACACAUGUAAUUGAUGACAUGGUCUCGAUUUGCGGAGAAAUAUUAAAGGGUUCUGUUCAUUAUGCAUGUGCAAGUGUUCCAACAUAUCCAAGGUAUUCGAUUAUGCUUUCUAUUGUUACCAUUUAUCAAUCAGCAAAGUAUCAAGUUUAG